AUGUCAACUACCAAAAACGCUCCCGAAGACCCGUUUUCAGAUUUCCAGUGGAAGAAGUCCGAGGUUUCGGAGAUGCGAAAAGCGAUAGAGAAGUGGAAGCCUGCACAAACGGCAACCCGCCGGACAAUUGAGAAGAACUUGGUGGAGGUCUUUCUGCAUCAGCGAGGUCUUGACGCCCCGUUCUUGGCAGGCUUCGUGCAAAAGAAAUGUUCGCUGUGGUUCAGCAACCACACUGCCGACCACCAGGAGGGAACACCGGACUGGUGCGGUCUCAGGUUGUUCACCGGUCGUGGCCUCUGGUACAGUAAGAACUUCAAAGAAGUUGAACAGCAGGCGGGCAAGGACGCGACGUUUGGCAUGAAAAACAGCCAGGCAGUGGAGAUGUGGAAGCUGCUCGACGAGGAGGAGCAAGAGGAGUGGCUGGAUUUGGCUGCCGAGUACAACACGAAGCCGCCACCUCCGGAUGUUCAGCGAGACUACGCAAACAAGAAUAUGGUCCACAUUGUCGAAGAGUUUAUCAAGUUCUUGUUCCGUAUUUGUGGUGCAGCAGUCUUUAUAUACACAACCCGCCCAGCUGUUGGCGGUCAGGUCAAUACCCAUUUCGACGAUACCACGCAGUACAUUGACAAUGCUACUGCGCUUCAAAAGCACGAGCUCUGGGACACUAACACGAAGGUGGCCUGCUUGGACACGUUCGGUAGGCUCCUCGGCAUGGCCGGCGAUGAGGGCCCCCCGGCGCUCCGUGAUCACAACCUCUUUCGUCGGCAGCGGCGGGAUCGCUCAACGACGGUCCCGUUUGAAUACAAGUAUGGUCUGCCGCAGCCAUAUUGUUCUCCUCGCAAUGGGAAGAAGAUGACAACAAAGGACGUUUACGCUCACGGUUGCGACUUUUUCCGUCUUCAUCUGAGUCUCGCAACUGGGGACGGCGUCUUGCUCAAUUCUGUCCCAUGGAGCACCAUCAAACUGGAACUCGAAAAAUACAUCCCGGGAGAAUACCUGACGACAGAAUUCAAGGACAAGUUUGACUGCAUGAGCAAGAUGUCAGUCAUCGCUCAGAAGAACUGGAUUAUGUUACGAUCGAGGACGCCAAAAGAUUUGGAGCACUCGAACUGGAAACACUCCAUCAACAACUCACAGACCUGGACGAUACUCUCGGCGAAUUCUACGGAGUUCCAGACCUGGACGAAGAACCAAUUGAACUACCUCUUCACGCGCACGACCCAAUCACCAAGCUCGUGCAACGCCUUCAGUUCGAAGUAG